AUGCCCUCCUCGACGACCUCCUCUUCCUCCGCCUCAUCCUCCGUGCGUCGCGCCCCGUCGCCUCCUUCGCCCGCCACCUCCAUCUUCCUCUUCCUCGUCGCGUUUCGUCUGCUCAAUGCCUUCGCUGUUCGGACCUUCUUUCAGCCCGAUGAAUACUUCCAGUCGUUGGAGCCCGCGUGGCAGAUCGCGUUUGGGAAAGGCCAGGGGGCCUGGGUGACUUGGGAAUGGCACCACCAGCUCCGAUCAUCGUUACAUCCGCUCUUUUUCGCGGCCAUUUACAAAGCUGCCGAUCUCCUCGCCAGUGCGCUCCGCCUGUCAGACGCGACGCGCGCUGAGAUCCUCAUCGCGGGCCCGAAAACAGCGCAGGCGGUAAUUGCAGCAACGGGAGACCUCUACACCUGGAAACUCGCGACUCGUGUUUACGGAUCGGACUCACGCGGCGCAUGGACAGCGCUGAUUGCCACGAUUUUGAACCCUUGGCAAUGGUUUUGCUCCACAAGGACACUUUCAAACUGCUUGGAAACGACCCUGACCAUUGUCGCAUUGGAUUUGUGGCCAUGGAAGUGGUCAGCAGGAACUCUGGCCGAUGAUAGCCGCCAGAAGAAUGCUGGCCGUCAGAGGGGCAGCUCCGAGAGUGUGCGACUUCUGUCAAAUCUUCGCCAAUGCCUCUCCCUUGCAGCACUCGCUUGUAUUCUCCGCCCGACUAACAUCUUGAUCUGGGCAACCUUGGCCAGUGUCGCUUGGCUGCGGACCUCUUGGACCCAGCGCCAGGUUCUUGUUCGUGAAGUUCUGCUUUGUGGGCUAUCGGUCUUGGCGGUGUCCGCUGCCGCAGACCGGCUCUUCUACGGAAUUUGGACGUUUCCUCCCCUUCGAUUUCUAUAUUUCAAUAUUGCCCAGUCACUCGCAGUAUUUUAUGGUCGCAAUGAUUGGCACUACUAUUUAUCGCAAGGCUAUCCGCUGCUCCUCACGACUCUCCUGCCUUUCGCGUUGUGGGGACUCUAUCGUACCCUGACAAUUCGAACUUUUUCGGCCUCCGACAAAGUACAGACGGCCAUUCGAGUGCAGCUGGCAACAGUCUGCCUGCUCAUGCCUUUCGUCUUAUCGUUGAUCUCGCACAAGGAAGUCCGAUUUAUUUAUCCAUUGCUACCGUCGCUUCACAUCCUCGCUGCCCCGCCCCUCGUGCAGUUCUUCUAUCCAGCCCUCUACUCAAGGUCGUCCAACGCUUAUACGCCUCAAAGGCUGGUACUAAUUUUCUGUAUUCUUGUAAACCUGGUUAUUGCGCUAUAUACGACUUUGUACCAUGCAUCCGGGGUUCUUAAUGUCCUAACCUAUCUUCGGCGCCAACAUGAAAUUCACACUACGUCGGCGUCUGUCAUAGAUACCAAACCUCAAACUGGUAUCACGGCCGGCUUUCUCAUGCCGUGCCACAGUACGCCCUGGCGCUCGCAUCUGAUUUAUCCCACGAUCAAUGCAUGGGCCCUCUCUUGCGAGCCUCCCAUCGACUUAACUGCCGCCGAGAAAGCUGUCUAUCGCGACGAGGCAGAUCAAUUCUAUGAUGACCCCGCCCAAUUCCUCCGCACUAACAUGGCCGGUGGACUAUGGUAUCUCCCCCGCCGGCCAAGCUACGCCUCUGUGGGCCGCCCCCUCUCAGGGAGCAGCACUCCAGCCCCUGCUACGCAGCACGAAUGGCCCGACUACCUGAUCUUCUUCGAACAACUCGAACCAACGCUGCACAGCCUGCUCCGUACCUCCUCAUACGCUGAAUGCUGGCGCACCCACAACACCCAGUGGCAUGACGACUGGCGACGCCACGGCGACGUCGUCGUCUGGUGCCUCGACUCCGCCGAGCAAGACGCCUGGCGUGCCGAGACUCGCCGCCGCACGGAAGAGAGGCACGAGCAGCAUUUCGAACUACACUUCGAGAGGAUCGUCGAAGCCAUCAAGCACGAGGCUCGAGGCUCGCAGAAGCGCGGUUGGAAUACGCUGCCCUUGCCACACAACCUCCACUUCCACUGGCCGUGGUCCUCGCGGCCGUCAACAUUGGACUCUUGGCGCCGUUCCGCCCAGGCGCUGUUCUCACCGCAGUCAUCGCGCGUCUGGCCGUGGACGAAGAAAUCCCGCUCGGCGGCUUUCUUGGACCGCUUCCGGACCCCAGCACCGACCAUGUGGGACUGGAUUCCUUCGUUUACAUUGCCGGAGUGGUUGGGCGGGACGCCGCGGCGUGAUAAAAGGUUAGUUAAUCGCGAACGUGAGCUCUGGUCUUGA